AUGAAGGUAUCUCAUGAGGGCCCCUAUGACGUGGCCAAAAGCGACGAAAUCCGAGAUAUUCUGGACGCGUGGGACCCUGAGGUGACCACUCGCUUGUGCGAAGAGCGCAAGAAACAGAUGAGAGCGAGGGCGGAGGAGCGCCUGACCACAGCGGCAGAGCGAGAUCACCUCGCACGCACCAUCAUUCGGGACGAGCUGAUCGACAAAGCUGUCGCCGGCGACGUCCCCGGGCUCAAGGAGAAGCUGAUCGAGCUUGCGGACGACGCUGGGACGACCGGGCAGCGGCCUAGGGCCACGUGCGAAGUGAGGGACCCCCGAGGGAUGACCUUGCUCUCGCUGGCCGCACAACACGACCGUUCGGGGGUGGUGGAGCUACUCCUGACGCACUGGAAGACCUGCGACGACAGCAGCACGGUUGGAGGAACUCCGAGGACGUUGAGCUGGCAAUGCAGAGUGUUCAGGGCUAACCCGAACUCGAGGGAUUUGAAAGGGUGGAAUCCUGCCGCAAUCGCCGUCUUUCACGAGUCCAAGGCAGCCUUGAAGCUGCUCUUGGAACACGGAGCGGACCCACACCUCAAGUCUUCCUACAGCAAAAGCGCUUGGGAUAUGGCGCAAGAUGACCUAGAUGCAGCCGGGAAAGUGGUUAGGUCUAGGUAGGUGCCAAAGCCAGGCAGCAAGCUGAUGUCUUGCCUGCCAGCUUUGAUAGAUUAUAUCCAACGUCUACCUGCUGUGGUAAAGUCGAUGUCGCUGUGGCCCACACCCCUGAAGCAAGGUGAUACACUACGUACAGAGGGUCGGCCCUGCCCACCCCGUGCAUAAAUUUGCGUUGGCUCGACUACUUCCACAGAGGUAUGCGUUGGCUCGACUACGACUACAUAACCAUUAGAGCAAAACGAGGCUUUCACGGGACUGUCAAGCAACCUCCUUCUAAACCCGGGAAACUUCCUGCUUACUCCGUGGGUAAUCUGCUGGAUUGACACCCUCGACCCUUGUUCAUCACUCAACCACCAAACGGGUACCUUCGAACUUGGCGUUUAUCAUACCUUCGAGCUUGGCGUUUAUCAUCGGCCAGUGCUGAAGUAUGAGACUCCCCCAUAACCCGCCGCCCCCCCGUGUCAUGCUUGGUCCUUCGUUCAUCCGCGCUCAUCCGUGCAACUCAAUGUCAGGAAAGAAAUUCGUGGCGUAAUCAAUCAAUGGGAGCUGGACACGGGACAACAAGUGCAUCUGCAGCCUCCUCGUAACGACCCUAUCGGUGCAGAUGGGGUCCCUGUAGGACAACCAAAAAAUGGCACGG